GGCAUACUGAUCUACUAGCGACUUGCGCAGGCAUGGAACAGUUGUGUGCCACUUGGGCGCUGAUAGAGCCGGACAGCUGCAACUUUGAGAAGUACAUGGUGGAAGUGGAUGUUCCUUUCCUAACGAGGAAAGCAGCAUGCAACUUAAAACCUGAUGUUAUCAUCUCCAAGGCAGGUGAUGUGAUAAAGAUAAGAUCUGAAAGUACUUUCAAAAAUCACGAGAUAUCGUUCAAGCUUGGCGAAGAGUUUGAUGAAGAGACGGCUGAUGGUAGAAAGACAAAGACUAAUGUUACUCUAGAGAAUGGUAUAUUAAUCCAGUUGCAAAAAUGGAGUGGCAAAGAGUCCACAAUAACACGAGAGGUAAAAGAUGAUGACCAGAUGGUGACAACCUGCAUUGCUGGAGACGCAAAGGCUGUAAGAGUCUAUAAGAAGAAAAAAUAGACUUUAGAGCUUGGAAUGAAGAUAAUGCUUUAAAAGCUCAGUUCAAUGAGCUCUGGUCCAGUUGCCUGUAGUGUUUGCUUUAUAUUAUUGGCUUAUCUAUAUAAAUGUGUGUGUGACCUGCCUGAUUAUAAGUAACAUUAAAAGCUCUUGGCCGCCA